CGUCAGUUGUCAUUCUGGUGAUGGCUGUAAUAUUGUGGUUUUAUAAUUUGUGUUGUGUUUACUUGGCGAUAUAAUUACUUAAGAAGAAUAAUUGCACGUCACUGAAACAACAAUACGCUUAACAGUAUCUAACUAUUACGACAUUCACGAGGUUGUGUUGGAUGCAAAGAAGUGGCGCGGUUAACGGAUGCAUUUCCUCCAUUCUUAUGCCUUAAACGUAUUGUAACGUUUGAAAUCGUGAUGUUAUUGUUAAUCGGAGGUAAAGAUGCCUUUUAAGUUGAAGUUGAAGAAGACGCGUCAGUACAAUGUAGCUUCGAAAAGCUUGUUUGUGAUCAGUGUUGAAUUGUUAGACGGCGGGGUUGCAGAUUGCACUCUUUCCGUGGACAGCACGGGUCAGGAGUGCUUGGAUAACGUAUGCCAGCGGCAAGCGAUCAACCAGCCGGAGUUCUUCGGUUUGCGGUACGUGAAUCGUAGCCAACAGCCGCGAUGGGUCCAAUUGGAACGCCCUUUGAAACGCCAGUUAGACAAAUACGCCUCUUCCCACCAGUUGUACCUUCGUGUAAUGUAUUAUGUCAUAUCUGGCACCAGUUUGAUUACGGACGAAGUCACGCGAUACCAUUACUUUCUACAGUUAAAGAAUGACUUGAUUGAGGGGCGUAUUAUCUGUGAUUGUCAACAAGCAGUGGUAUUAGCAUCAUAUAGCCGGCAAGCUGAGUACGGGAACCAUGACCGGGAGAGGCAUACCGUGGAGUACUUGAAGAAUUUAUUGACAUUUCCUAAACAAAUGCUAGAUGGAGGUCAGAUAAUUGAUGGCAGUACAUUGGCGGAGACGGGCCGGCUGGAGUGGCUUACGGCUGCUGUUAUACAACAUCACAUGUCCCUACACAACAUGUCACAGGCGCAAGCUGAGGAGGGCUUCAUCAGCGCAUGCCAGCAGCUGCGGGGGUAUGGACAGGAGAUGUUCAGCGCGCGAGACCAGCUGGAUCAGAGCGAGGUGACGCUGGCCGUCUCUCUCACUGGCAUUAGAGUCCUCACGGAGACCAGCGACACGCCCACCUUCUACAGAUGGAUGGAUAUAACGAACGUAAUCAACCAUAAACGGACGUUCAGCGUGGAAUGUCAGAGACCUUUGGGUUCAGCGGCGUUCGUCCUCCCAAGUCCUGAAGACGGCAAAUACGUGUGGAGAAUGUGCGUCCAGCAACACACCUUUUACAUGAGGCAUCGACCAGCUCUCACCACUAAUGUGGUGCAUGAUGAACCACGACCUAACUUUCAGGAGCACGGUUUAUCUGAGAGCCGCGAGGAGUUAGACGUGCGGGAGUGUGCUGGGUUAGGGGCAGGCUCCCGAUUGGAGCCGCUGACAGCCGCGCACCGCGCACACUCCACCUCCUGCCUAGAGCUGGCAGACCAUCCUCCGCAGCCACUCCACAGAAACAGGGCACUACUCCCUUCCUACAGGCCAGCACCUGACUACGAAACAGCAAUUCAACAGAAAUACCAGCAACAAAGAGCAGAGGCACAAAUACGAUAUCAGAACCACCACGCACACUCACAACUCCUCGCCACCUCCGCCAAGCCACUAGUCUACGGCUCCCACCCCGACAUCCCCGGCAUACACUACCCCGACGUCACCCGACAUACAGUCUCCGUCAACCAGGGUGUAGCCACCCCUGAAAACUACGGCCUCAAGUUCCUCGCCAACUACCCUUUUGCUGUCAACCCCAACGUCCAAACAGACCACGCCCUCCACUACGUUAACGUAUACAAGCCCCCGCCUCCUUAUCCCUCCAACGGUCUCGUCUCAAACUCUACCCCAGACCUAGCCGUCGCUAGCCAAGCUCUUAACUACCACAGGGGGUAUAUCAACAAUCACGUGUCAGGCUCCAGCCCUGACCUCGUCUCCACCAGGUCCGCCCUCAACAGACAGUACCUCGGUUACCUGAACCAGGGUCAUAACGUCGUCAGUUACGCCAGACCCAACCUCCUCCCCGCCACACACGGCACUUACAACAACCUCACAUCAGUCCUAGACCCCAAUCCCCAUAUAAUUAUAGACCCCCACCAUAUAUCAGAUAACAUACAAAAAGUAUACGACGAAAGAGGUAAUAUUAUGUACUCGAUGCCGAUGAGAAGGAUAUCAUAUCAGCGACAUCUAGUGUUACCUCAACAGCAGAUAAAAAUCAACGACACACAAGAACCGAUAUACGAAAACGUUCCCUUACCCUGGCAGAGUGAGAGAACAAUGCGAGAUAGAGCACAAAGUCUUACCACGACAGAUGAGAUAGCACGACAAAACGAAAGAAAUAACAGCCAUCCUACAAUAAAUAGCUACGGGAACCCUAAUCCUAUAAACCUACCAAACUACCGUCACCCAGUCAAAAUUGAAACUGAUAAUCAUUACGUGAACGCACAAAUCAUUAAAGGUGUUAGAGAAACCAGUGUGCCAAAAGAUGAAUCUAGUCGAACCAAGACUGAAGAUCCUAACAUAGCAAUAGAUAAGUUAUCUAUAAAAACAGACGAGAAAGAUUACGAUGAAACUCCAUACCAGAGUCUGUCUACCCACAAAGUAACCAAUAUAAGUAAAUCAUCAGAUAAUGUGACCUCUAUAUCUAUUCCUGAUAUAAAAAUCGGUCAAAACAAUAAUAUAUCACAAACAAGUAUAACAGACUCAAAUGCAAACACAACAUAUACAAGUGUUGAGUUAGAAAACUCUAAAAACAGUGUAAGCAGUAAGGAGAAGAAGCGAAGACGUUGGGGAGUGUUUAUGGGCAGGAAUAAGAAUGUAGAAGUGAAGAGUGCGACCUUAGGGAGGGACAGAGCUAAAGUGAAUCAAACCCAACCUGCUAACAAGCACAGGUGGUCCACUGGAUUGCCGAAAUUCCAACCGUUACCUCCCAGUAUAACCAAAGAAACUCUGUGCCAAUUGCUGGAACGCAAGAUGUGCGAAGACCAACUGUCUUUCGCAUUCGAGCAGAUUCCUAAAGGACGUGAGGGGGCGGGGCACGCGCUGGCCACGCCCCCCGCCCCCUCGAGCGACGACCACCUCCCAUAUGAGGACAACCGCGUGCGUCUGCAUCCCACACCUGACAACCCUCACGGGUACAUCAAUGCAUCACAUAUCACGAUGACAGUGGGCAGUUCGCAACGCUUCUACGUGGUGAUGAAGUGUGGGAGUACUGGCGGGAGCAGUGGGCAGACCGCCGCCCACGUGUGGGCGUGCGUGUGGCAGGUGGGCGCGCGGCUGCUGGCGCACGUGGGCGACGACCCGCCCCCCUACCUGCCGCACGACCAGCUCGCUACUGACUACGGACAGUUCAACGUGUGCGCGGCGCGGUCGUCGCACGCGGCGUGGGGCGGGUCGGUGCGCGUGCGCGUGCGGCGCGGGGCGGGGCCGGCGGCGCGCACGCGCUGCCUCUGGCUGGUGCACUUCGCGCGCUGGCCGCACUCGCACCCCGCGCCUACUGACGUCACACUCUUCCUUGACUUCCUAAAUGAGCUGAACGGUCUGCGGCUGGUGUGCGAGGCGGAGGCUUCGGAGGAGAAGCAGCCGCUGGUGUCGGGCAACGCGCCGCUGGCGCUGAGCUGCGCCGGCGCGGGCCGCAGCGGGCUGGCGCUCGCCGCGGACCUGCUGCUGCACGUGCUCGACACCAACCAGGAGCUGGACAUCCCGCGGACUAUCGGCCUGCUGCACCAGCAGCGCGCCGGCCUGCUGCAGCACGUCCAGCAGUACCGCUUCCUGCACCAGCUGCUGCUGCACCACCUCAAGAGGUCCAGGCUCAUAUAGACUGCACCAACAUUACAAUGACAACCAGUUCAAUCAUAGAAAAGUAGGCGAAAUCGAUUUGACGUAAAAGAAGAUGGUUUAUUAACUUUUUUUUAUGAAAAUGUCCCUUUCCUGUCUGUGCUCUGUAUAUACAGCAAGGGUCAUUUUCUUAAUCAGUUUUAUUUUGUCCUCUUGUAAAUACAGUGGAGGGGACAAUCAAGAGACAUAUUUUUAAUCGUCAGUUUCCUGUUUAUUCUCCCCUUUGUCUGAGAGAACACAUAAGUUGGGAAGGGACAAUUGUGUAGGCAGAGGAGAGGACAGGUGACAGUAUUGUGUAAAGACACAACCUUGUAAGUUAUUAAAAACGGUCAUUUUAUUUGGAAUAUCAAAUUUACAUUGUUUUCUACCUCUGCUUAGUCUCAUACGUACUAGGAUUGAUGAGGAAAAUAAAAUCGAAAUAGAUAAAAAUUAUCAAGAACGAUAUCUGUUCUAUUUAUUUUCUUUGUUUG